GGGCGGCGGCGGCGGCAGAAGAAGGGGCCGGCGCGGAGGAGGCGGCGGAGGAGGCUGCGGCUGCUCCCGCCGGCGGCGCUGAGGGAGGCGGCGGCGGCGGCGGCGGCGAGGCCGGAGCGGCGGAGCCCCGCCGGGCCGCGGCGGCGGCGGCAGCAGCAUGGUGCGGGAGACGAGGCACCUCUGGGUGGGCAACCUGCCGGAGAACGUCCGCGAGGAGAAGAUCAUCGAGCACUUCAAGCGAUAUGGACGUGUUGAAAGUGUCAAAAUUCUCCCCAAACGGGGGUCAGAAGGUGGCGUGGCAGCAUUUGUGGAUUUUGUGGACAUCAAGAGUGCUCAAAAGGCACACAACUCUGUCAACAAGAUGGGAGACAGAGACCUCCGGACGGAUUAUAAUGAGCCAGGAACCAUUCCUAGUGCUGCUCGGGGAUUGGAUGAUACAGUUUCCAUAGCAUCUCGUAGUAGAGAGGUUUCUGGGUUCAGAGGAGGUGGUGGUGGGCCCACGUAUGGCCCCCCACCAUCACUUCAUGCACGGGAAGGACGCUAUGAGCGGAGACUUGAUGGGGCUUCAGAUAACAGGGAGCGUGCUUAUGAACAUAGUGCCUAUGGACACCAUGAACGGGGGACGGGAACAUUUGAUCGUACAAGACACUAUGAUCAGGAUUACUAUAGAGAUCCUCGGGAGCGGACUUUACAACAUGGACUCUAUUAUAGUUCUCGGAGUCGGAGUCCGAGCCGCUUUGACACUCAUGACCCCCGUUACGAACCUCGGGCCCGGGAGCAGUUUAUCUUGCCCAGCGUGGUACAUAGGGAUAUCUACAGGGAUGAUCUCACGCGGGAGGUACGAGGCAGAAGGCCAGAGCGGAAUUACCAGCACAGCAGGAGCCGGUCGCCGCAUUCUUCACAGUCCAGGACUCAGUCUCCCCAGAGGCUGGCCAGCCAAGCAUCAAGACCCACCAGAUCCCCCAGUGGCAGUGGCUCUCGGAGCAGAUCGUCAAGCAGCGACUCCAUCAGUAGCAGCAGCAGCACCAGCAGCGACAGCAGUGACUCCAGCAGCAGUUCAAGUGAUGAGUCUCCAGCCCGGUCUGUUCAGUCCACAGCUGUUCCAGCACCCACCUCCCAGCUGCUUCCAUCUCUGGAGAAAGAUGAGCCCCGGAAAAGUUUUGGGAUCAAGGUUCAGAAUCUUCCCGUGCGCUCCACAGACACCAGCCUUAAAGAUGGGUUGUUCCAUGAGUUCAAGAAGUACGGGAAGGUGACGUCUGUGCAGAUCCAUGGGGCCUCUGAAGAGCGCUAUGGGCUGGUGUUUUUCCGGCAGCAGGAGGAUCAGGAAAAGGCACUGAACGCCUCCAAAGGGAAGCUCUUCUUUGGCAUGCAGAUUGAUGUUACCGCUUGGAUAGGCCCAGAAACGGAAAGCGAGAAUGAGUUCCGGCCUUUGGAUGAAAGGAUAGAUGAAUUUCACCCCAAAGCAACAAGAACUCUUUUCAUUGGCAAUCUGGAAAAAACCACCACAUAUCAUGACCUUCGCAACAUUUUUCAGCGUUUUGGAGGGAUAGUGGAUAUCGAUAUCAAGAAAGUGAACGGCGUCCCCCAGUAUGCCUUCCUGCAGUACUGCGACAUUGCCAGUGUGUGCAAAGCGAUCAAGAAGAUGGAUGGGGAAUAUCUUGGGAAUAAUCGGCUCAAGCUGGGCUUUGGGAAGAGCAUGCCCACCAACUGUGUAUGGUUAGAUGGUUUUUCAACAAACAUAACAGAUCAGUAUUUAACGCGACAUUUCUGCCGUUAUGGGCCUGUGGUCAAGGUGGUGUUUGACCGCUUAAAAGGCAUGGCUCUUGUUCUCUAUAAUGAGAUUGAAUAUGCACAGGCAGCUUUAAAAGAGACCAAGGGGAGGACAAUAGGUGGAAAUAAAAUUAAGGUGGAUUUUGCAAACCGUGAGAGUCAGAUGGCAUUCUGUCAUUCUAUGGAGAAAACGGGCCAGGAUAUCCGAGACUUCUAUGAGAUGCUAGUAGAAAGAAGAGAUGAAAGAAGAGGAUCUUACGACUAUGCUGCUGACCGUACAUACUAUGAGGCUGUAAGAACGCCAGGAACAUAUCCUGAGGAUCCCCGAAGAGAGUAUCCAACUCGUGGGAGAGAAUUUUAUGCAGAUUGGGAUCCUUACCAGGGAGACUAUUAUGACCCACGAUACUAUGACGACCCACGGGAGUACAGAGAUUACAGAGGCGACCCUUACGAGCAAGACAUAAGGGAAUACAGCUACAGGCAGCGGGAGCGGGAGCGGUUUGAAUCUGACCGGGACCAUGAGAGACGGCCUCUUGAACGGAGCCAGAGUCCCCAUUCCCGACGUCCACAAAGCCCAGGAGCAUCUCCAUCACAAUCCGAGAGAUUGCAAAGUGACUCUGAGAGGCGGGUUUAUAGCAGGUCUUCAGAGCGGAGUGGUAGCUGCAGCUCCCUUUCUCCACCACGCUAUGAAAAGCUGGACAAAGCCCGUCUCGAGCGCUAUGCAAAAAAUGAUAAAACAGAAAAAGAAAGAGCUUUUGAGCAAGAGAGACCAGACAAAGACAAGCGACUGGUUAGGAAAGACAAAACAGAAAAACUUGAAAAGGAUAAAAUGGAGAAGCAAAAACGAAAAGCCAAAAUUCAUUCCCCUAGCUCUCAGUCUUCUGAGACAGACCAAGAAAAUGAAAGAGAGCCCAGUCCAGAGAGGCUGAAAGGCGGCAGUAAGCAGAACAGGGAGAGAGCUGACAAAGAAGGGCCUGCCAGGAACCGCCUCGAACUCAUGCCGUGUGUCGUGUUGACUCGUGUCAAAGAAAAGGAGGGGAAAGUGGUUGAGCAGCCAGCUCUGGAAAAACUGAGGGGGGGGAAGCAAGAAAACGAUGCUAUGAGAUCUCCCUUGCUUGAGCCAAAACUGCAGCCGUCACAGGCAGAGCCAGCCAAGUCAGAUCAGCUGAAACCUGAGCCUAUGAGAGCCAAGGUGCCAAAAGAAAAGGUGCUUGCCAGUCACAUUGAAGUGGUUGAUAAGGAUGGGAAACUGAAGGCCAAGAAACACUUGAAGGCUGACCGCCCCAGUGAAGUGGCAAACCCAGUUGAUCUGGAAAAGUUGGAGGCUCGCAAACGGCGCUUUGCGGAUGUAACCCUGAAGCCCGAGAAACAAAAAACGGAAAUCAAAAGGAGUAAUCAGGAGGAGGAGGAGGAGGAGGCGGCGGCGGCGGCGACAGCAGCACGAGUGGUGUUGAAAAAGCAGACUGAUGUGACAGCAGAAUCUGAAAGGAAGUCCUUGAGGAAAGAAGCAUUUAAAAGGGAAUCUAAGAAAAUUAAGGUGGAGAGACUCGUUCCUGUUGCCAGUCCCAAAGAUACUCCAGAGUCUACAAGCGUUUCUGUUGGUGUUGGUUUACGGCCCAGUUUAGACCUGCAGGCCAGGCUAGGGGAGCCGGUAGAUGAACCCACGGAAGUCCCUGAGACCCCCUCUAGGAAAGUCAGUUCAGUGAAAUUGCAGCAGAAACACCCUCAGCUGUUAGGUGAUCAAGGGCUAGAGAGAGAUGAUGUACGGAAAAACUACUACAGUCUUCCGGAAGAAAUGCCUGACCACAAACUCAUCCAAGAGAAGCCCCCAUCAUCGGAUAUUGAAGAGAAAAUUCCUAUCGACAUUGAUCACACUCAGAGUUACCGGAAACAAAUGGAGCAAAGUCGUAGAUUAAAACAGCAAAUGGAAAUGGAAACCGCAAAGCUGGAGAAGUUUGGCAGUCCAAAGAAAGACCCAGAUGAGUAUGAAAGGCGGAGCCUGGUGCACGAGGUGGGGAAGCCCCCCCAGGAUGUGACUGAUGAUUCUCCUCCCAGUAAGCGUAAGAAAUCAUCAGAUGUUUUUGAUUUUGAAAUUAGCACCAAGAGGGAAAGAAACUAUCGAAGCUCUCGUCAGGUGAGUGAAGAUUCUGAGAGAAUGGCUUGUUCUCCAAGCCUCAGGCCUUUCCCCUUCCACGAGGAGGAGGAGGGACUGCCUUCCCCACGACUGAUGCCUUUAAAAGAAGCCAAAGGAUCACCUAAAAUAGAUGAAAAGGGCCCUGCGUAUCCUAACAUGGCCAUACGAGAAGAUUCUCUGAAAUUUAAUCCCUUUGAUUCCAGUCAGAGAGAACAGAUGGCAGAAAUGGCCAGAAUCAAACUCUCUUCACUGAAUUCUGAGGAGGAAUCCAGCCGAUGGGAGCCCCCCCUGAAAGCAGAGCCUGGCCGAGGGGAUGUCAGCUUCCCCAGCAGCAUCGUCAAGAGAGACAGCCUGCGGAAACGGUCGGUUCGUGACCUGGAGCCCGGAGAGGUGCCCUCGGACUCUGAUGAGGAUGGCGACAGCAAGCCCCGGUCCCCGAAGGCCUCUUUGCUGCUGGAGAGCUCCCGCUUGUCUUUUUUAUUAAGGGACAGGGAAGAGAAGCUCCGUGAGAGAGAGGAAAGGCUGCCGACCUCCUUGGAGAGGAACAAAUUCUAUUCUUUUGCAUUGGACAAAACAAUCACACCUGACACAAAAGCCUUGCUGGAGCGAGCAAAGUCUCUCUCAUCGUCCAGGGAAGAAAACUGGUCCUUUCUCGACUGGGACUCGAGAUUUGCUAGUUUUAGAAACAACAAGGACAAGGAGAAAGUUGACUCUGCUCCCAGGCCCAUCCCUUCGUGGUACAUGAAGAAGAAGAAAACCAAAACCGACCCUGAAGGGAAGUUGGAUGACAAGAAAGAAGACCAUAAAGAGGAGGAGCAAGAGAGGCAGGAGUUGUUUGCCUCGCGGUUCUUACAUAGCUCAAUCUUUGAACAAGACUCAAAGCGCUUGCAGCAUUUAGAAAGGAAAGAUGAGGACCUUGACUUCCUUCCUGGCAGGUCUUUUGGCAGACGGUCUUCUCUGGAUGGGACCAACAGUGUCUCUGAUGUCUUGGUGCAAGAGCCAGUGGUUCUUUUCCACAGCAGGUUUGUUGAGCUGACCCGAAUGCAGCAGAAGGAGAAGGAGAAAGACAAGAAACCCAAAGAAGCAGAAAGGCAGGAAGAGAAGGAGAGCCGCCCCAAAACACCCGAGACGGCAGUGCCUGAGAAGAAAGAGCCCGAGCAGCGGUCUUCUCCGCCAUUGCCGAUUGCUCUUGUCCUUCAAGACCCGGAGAAGGUCAUACAUGAGAAGUCACCAGCUGAUCUGCCCUCCUCCAGAGAAGAAAAGGCCCCUGAUCCGAGCCCUGAAGUGGAAGAACCGGUGCCCGAGGCCCUUGCUCCCAUGAAAGCUGAACUGCCUGAGCCUGUGGAAACACCUGCAGCUACGGAAAACAAAGACAUUGCUCUUCCCAGUGCAACUCCUGAGGAGGACUCCGUCACCCCUGUGGAAACCCCUCUGUAUUUGGACACCAAACCCCCUACUCCCGGAUCUUCAUUUUCCCAAACAGAUACUGGCACCGAUCCAGCAGCAGUCCCAGUCCCCCCACCAUUGGCCACAAAGUCUGAGGAACUGUUGGAACCUAAAGAAGAAAGUGUUUCUGUGGCCACUGGCUCAGAACCUGCUACAGGUCAAAAAGCAGAGGGGGCGGCCGAGGUACCCCAUGUUGUUUCUGAUGCGGAGGUAGAAGCUGAACCUCCCAUUGUAAAAGACAGAAAGCCUUGCAAGAACAAGCGGUCCAAAGCCCCUGUGCAGCCUGCGCUUGCCAGCAUUACUGAUAAACCCAUCACAAGGAAGAGUGAGAGGAUUGAUCGUGAAAAACUUAAAAGGUCAGGCUCUCCCCGUGGCGAAGCGCAGAAGCUUCUGGAGCUGAAAGGAGAAGCAGAGAAGACUCUGAAAAAUACCGCUAAAUCUCCAAGUGCAGCAGCAGAGCAAGAAAACCCAGAGCCAAGUUUGCCAGUUGGUCGAACAAGGCGCAGAAAUGUAAGAUCCGUUUAUGCUACCCCAGGAGACCACGAAGGUCCCUCACCUGUGAAAGAUUCUGUUGAGGUGACUAGGUCAACCAGGAAAAGAGCUGAAAGAGAGCCACCUGAGACAACAGUUGUUGCUACUCCUCCCAAAAGAGGCAGGCCUCGGAAGUCACGUCACAAACCCGAGGAGGAAAUCGCUCCAGUUAAGACCGAACCGAUACAGGUGGAAGCAGAAGAACCGGAAACAAAAGAAGCAGUGGAAACCCCUAAAACUGUGGAGGGGUGGAGGUCACCUAGAUCCCAGAAGCUCCUACACAGUCACUUGUCAUCCACCACUGUUCACAGCAAGAAGGGCAGGGCUGAGCCAAAGGUGGAGGUUGCAGCAGACCUUGAAGAGUCACCUGAGCUACCUGGCCAUGGACUGAAUGCAGGAGAAAAUAGCAGUAAGACCAAGACGGACAAAGACAUCGCUACUAGUGAACAGAAGCGAGAAAGGAAAGACGUUGACACGGACAAAAACACUCCUGAAGCCUGCACAGUUGAGAUUGUAGAAAGAAAAUCUGCCCCAGAGAAGGUGACCAAGUCCAAAAGAGGAAGAUCUAGAAACAUCAAGGCAGUUGACAAAGCAUCCUUGAUCAAGAGCCUGAAAAAUGUCGAAAUACGGCUUAACGUGGAUGAGGUGAAAGGUGCUCUGCGGUCAAGCGAAGAGGAGACAGAACCCACGCCAGCAUCACCAAAAAACAAAAGUCCUCAGAAGGAAGACAAAUUGCCUGCCCUCUUCAUAAAGAAUGAGGCAGAAGACCCUUUUCAUGACACAGGCCAAGACACCCCAUGUGAGCCCACAGAGUCUCCUGAAGCUGUUCAGUUGGCCAAGCAAAUAGAACUUGAACAGGCAGUGGAGAACAUUGCGAAGCUCACAGAAGGCCCAACCAUUGCAGCCUAUAAGGAGCAGGCAACAGAUGUACCUGAAGUCCGCCAGGAAGAAGAGGGAGACAAACCUGCCCACCAGGCAAGUGAAACAGAACUGGCUGCAGCCAUUGGCUCCAUCAUGAACGACAUUGCUGGGGAGGCGGAGAGCUUCCCUGCUGCCCCUCCGUAUCCUGCUGAACCAGAAUCUGAGAUGCCUGCAGAGCCUGUAGUGCUGCCGUCUUCACGAGAGGAAAUGGAGCCUGAAACAGACCAGGCAGUGAGCAAUAUCUUGGAAUCGGAAGCGGCGGCAGCCGCGGCUGAGACACCCGCUCCCCCGGCGCCUGGAUCUGCUUCCUCAGCCACGGCAGCCACAAACAAGGAGGCCGAAGUGAGUUUGAGCGAGUCUUCCAGUUCAGCACAGGAGGUGGAAACCCUGCAGGAGGCUGAUGGAUCCCGAAAGGAAAGGGGCCGUCAGAAGACUGCUCGGCCAAGGAGGAAACGAAGCACGAGCAAAAAAGGAGAUGCCGCUGAACUGAGGGCCACUGAAAUGGAAAGUGUGCCCGGCCAAUCCCCUGUGGCCAGUGAAGCGAAAGGGAAACUGGAGGAAAGCACAAAAGAUGACAAACCCAGCAAAAGCUCUUCUCCAGCCUCCCCUGAAUUGACUGUUCCAGAUAUCAGCAAGACUCCAUCCCAGGAAGGGAUAUCACAUGAGCCUGCCUCAGAGAGCAGCCCCCCGCCGAAAGCUCCUGAUCUACGGAAUCCGCCUGCUCCAUCCCUCCCUGUUGACGAUGUGAGCCAAGUGGGGUUCAAGCUGUGGCCGGCCACUGAAAGUGCUCCAGUGACUCCACCAGGGGCCCCCAGCCCGUCUGUGGCAACUGUUCCAUCAGCUGCUGCCGCUAAGCUCGUGGCACCCAUCUCUGCUGGGCCAGUUCCCCUUCACUCUGGUGCAGCCAAGGUGACAGAAUGGAUUGCAAAGCACGAGGAGGCCCAUGCACACUCCACCCCUCCUCCGGCCCUCCCCCCUGACACCAAGGCCUCAGAUAUAGACACUAAUUCCAGUACUUUGCGGAAAAUACUGAUGGAGCCCAAGUACGUCUCUGCUGCUAGCAUUGCCUCGACACACGUCACAGCAGCGAUAGCUGAGCCUGUGAGUGCCCCUCGUGUGGAAGAGGCUCCUCCGCACCCCCCAGUAGAGGCGGUACGGCCAGGAGCCGAAGAAAAGCCUGCCGUCCCCACCGUGAAUGCUUUGGACCCCCCUGUGGCAGAGGCCCCCGUCUUCACGGAGAAAGAAAAGAUCCUGACCGUCAUCACCCCCAAGGCCACUUCUGUGAUCAGCAGAAUGCCCCCGAGCGUCGAUCCCGAGGAAGCCCCGAGAAUCACGCUGGUGAAGCAAGCGGCCCCACCCCAGGCGUGCCUGGCCAGCGCCCUCCCUCUGAAGCACAAGCAGAGGCUGACGGCCAGUGAUGACAGUCGCUUCCACCCGGGGUCCAUGCCUGUGAUUGAGGACCGGCCCGCAGAGACCGGCUCCAGCCCAGGGCUUCGUGUCAACACUUCCGAAGGCGUUGUGCUCCUGAGCUACUCAGGACAGAAGACCGAAGGGCCCCAGAGGAUCAGUGCGAAGAUUAGUCAGAUUCCUCCCGCAAGCGCAGUCGACAUUGAAUUCCAGCAGUCUGUCUGCAAGCCCCAAAUUAAGCAGGAGCCUCUUGGCCCCUGCCAGCCAGCAUCAAAGGGCUCUCCGGCUCCCACGGGCUACGGGGCCAUCCCUACCCCUGCGUCUCUGGUGCUGGCCACUCAGCAGUAUGGCUCUGCCCCAGUGCUCUCCUCUGUCAAACAGGAGCGUGGCAGUUUGGAGAAAUCGGAGCCAGCACACCUUUCUGCCCCGGCCCCUUCUUCUCAGCCGGGUCCUCCAGGGAAGGGCCUCUCCCAGUCUCCCAGCACUCCACCCGUUCUAGUCCACAGCCAGAUGGUGAUCGCUCAGGGCAACAAAAAGCUUCCAGACCCAGCAACCCUGAAAGGGGAGCCCAAGUCUCUUCAGUCCUCCAGCCUGAGCCCUGGAGUUGGUCCUCAUCACCCCUCCUUGUCCGGCAAGGGGCACGCAGAAGCCAACCACGUGAGUGUGGGCCCUGGUCCCGCAGCCGACCGGGCUGUUUCGCACUUGGGAGUCUCGAAGCAGGAGCCCGUCUCUCCUCGGACCAGCGGACAUUCUCCAUCACCGUUUCCAAGGGCUUGUCACCCAGGUGGCCCUUCCUCCCCGGCCUCUGUCAUGCUGGGGCUCCAGGGGUCUCCCUGCCCAGGGAUCCCUGUGCCCCAGUACAUCUCCAGCAUGCACCCGGAGCAGUCUGUGAUCAUGCCUCCCCACAGUGUCACCCAGACAGUCUCCCUGGGCCAUCUUUCCCAAGGGGAGGUACGAAUGAACACCCCUCCCCUGCCUGGCAUUCCCUACAGCAUGCGCCCAGAAGCGCUCCACUCUCCCCGGGCCGCUCUGCAGCCUCAGCGGUCCAGCACGCCUCAGCCAGCGCCAAUGCGAGAGAUCGUCAUGCCUCCUCUGUCUUCCCAGCAUUCGCCAGAAGAGGAAAUGCACUACCACCACACGGUGUGUCGGGGGUCUGCCCCCGUGCAGUCCGAUGUGCUUGUCAUGCAGCCAGACUACCGCAUGCACCCAACCAGCAUCCGGCUCGAUCAGUACAACGUGCCCCGGGACGUGAGGAUGAUGAUGCACCCCCACAUGGCCGCGGUGGGGGGGGACCACCACCCAGAGACUCGACAGUCUAGAACCCCAGAAGGAGGGGGGUCUGUAAAAACCCCGCCAGCCCCCAAGACUCUCCAGUCCUCAAGCAAAGAGCCCUCCAAGUCUUCAGAAGGCAAAAUGGCUCACUCUCCACACAGCGAGCCUCGCCUGCUCAGCAGCCAGCUCCCUGGCCUGCCGCUGACCCAGCCUGUGGUCGUCCCGCACGGCGUCCAGAUCAUGCAUCCUGCUGGUAGCUCAUUUCAUGAUUAUCGGGCCGUGUACAGCGACAUCCGGAGCUACCACCCAGCAGCUCAACUUGGCCCACCUCCCUUUUCAGGGGCCCCGUCAAUGGGGCUGCCAUCCCGGAGCAUAACUCCCUCCCAGGGCCUGCCAGAAGGGGAGCAUUCUCACUCCAGCCAGCCAGCGCACAGCAAAACGCCGCAGCUCUCCCAAGAGCCCAAGGGGGCCCAGGCUGCAGGGCCAGAGCCGACUCACCACCCAGCUGUCAACCGGCACAUUCCUCAAAUAGACCCCCAUGUGCACCUUCCAAGAGCCCCAGCUGAGACAGGCCCCCCGGCCUCCUACCCCUCUCCGGUCGCCGUUGCUGUGAAGCAGGAGCUCCCCUCCCCACAUCAGGCCCCGGCAGGCCCGAAGUCGGCCCUCUUCCUCCCAACCACUGGCAGUCCCAGCGGUCCUCCAGGGCUGUCCCUCUCCCGCCCCGAACCUCAGCCAGCACUCAAGCCUGAUCCUGCGCCUCACCCCAUUCCUCAAAGGCCAGUGGACAUGGUCCAGCUCCUUACGAAGUACCCCAUUGUGUGGCAGGGGCUCCUGGCUUUAAAGAACGACACCGCUGCCGUCCAGCUGCACUUUGUCUCUGGCAACAACGUCUUGGCGCAUCGCUCCCUGCCAGCUCCAGAAGGUGGGCCUCCAUUGCGAAUCGCCCAGCGCAUGAGGCUGGAAGCAUCCCAACUGGAAGGUGUGGCGCGCAGAAUGAUGGUGGAGAGCGAUUAUUGCCUUCUGCUGGCCUUGCCUUGCGGACGAGACCAAGAGGACGUUGUCAGUCAGACGGAGUCUCUGAAGGCUGCCUUCAUCAGCUACCUGCAGGCAAAGCAAGCCGCUGGUAUCAUCAACGUUCCCAAUCCGGGCUCCAACCAGCCUGCCUAUGUCCUGCAGAUAUUCCCCCCCUGCGAGUUCUCCGAGAGCCACCUGUCUCGCCUCGCCCCAGACCUCCUGGCCAGCAUCUCCAACAUCUCACCUCACCUAAUGAUUGUCAUUGCAUCAGUCUGAGUGGUUUGCCCGUUGUGGACUUGCUUCUCCAAGGCACAAGAGCAGAAACUGGGGCAGUGAACAGAUGGACGGACAGCCCAAGGCCGCCUCCUGCCCCAGUGGGCCUCGAUCAGAUGGUGUCCCUGGGUCCUACGGGCCCAUGACUAUUGUAUGUUUACAUAUGGCUUUAGCUAAGAUGGACAUCGGAGGCACUCUUCGAGGCAGACUGGUCUUCGCUUUGGUGCCUCCUUUGGGGGGGAAAUUAAAGGAAGGCUAUUUUUUUUAUUUACGAAACAAAUUUUUAAAAAAAGGAACCAGAACUGCCUUUGCACUAAAUUAGUGACUUUGGACCUUUGCACAGUUGAAGACAUAUUGUGGUGUUCUGAAUGGAUGUCUUGAUACACACACGGACUUAGAAGUGCAGGGCCUGGGACAGUUUGCUCUUUUCGGCGGGUCGAGGAGCCUUUCCCGCUGUCCCUGCCAUAGGCCUCCUUUUCCCCUCCCCUCUCCACCACACGGCACGUGCUUCUUCCUCCGCCUGGGAUGUACAGUUUACAGUGAAAUGAAGCGAAACAUGAAAAGGGGGAGAGCCAUUUCCUUUCCUGGUGGGAUGUGCAGGACUCUGGGGGGGGGUGUGCUUGUAUGUAUAAAUAUAUAUAUAUAAUAUAUAUAUAUAUAUAAAUAUAUAUAUAUGAUACUGACUUUAAAAGGAAAUCUGAUCCCCACAACAUACUUUUUUUUUAAUCUGUGCCAAAAAUGUGUUUUCAGAGAAAAAAAAUCUUAUUUUCAUACUCGGACUUUGUAUUUGUCGCUCAUUUGUAAGUGCGCUUCAUUUAGACAUCCCCCCCGCCCCCCGCCCGUCACAUGUGGAAGUGUUAUACACUUGUGCAUACUUUUUAAUCCCCCCUCCCCUUUCCCCUUUGUUAUCUUCCACCUCCCCUAACAAUUAAUUUAUGGAACUGUUUUUCUCAGCGCAGUUUUGUUUUGUGUGUCCAUUGGAUUACAAACUUUUAUUAAAAAAAAUA